AUGUUGAGAAAUACUGUACUCAGACAGAAUUGUCGCUUAUCUUUCAAAAGAUUAUUGUCCAGCUCUCAUAAACCAUGGUUGGCCGCCCCCGCAGCUGCGGAUAAGCAGCCAAUAGUUGAUCUUGGUGCAAGUACUUCGACAGCGAACAUUGUUCCUCCAACUGGGGCUGCUAUUCUUAAAGGGGGUUUUGCCAAAGAUACCACUUAUGGUACCAGACCGAUUUAUUUGGAUAUGCAAGCUACCACCCCAACCGAUCCUCGGGUCCUUGAUAAAAUGUUGCAAUUUUAUACUGGGCUAUAUGGGAAUCCUCAUUCCAGCACUCAUGCUUACGGGUGGGAAACCGAGAAAGAAGUGGAAAAGGCCAGAAAAUACGUUGCUGAUGUCAUUGGUGCCGAUCCGAAAGAAAUUGUCUUCACUUCAGGAGCUACCGAAUCCAAUAAUAUGGCAAUUAAGGGAGUGCCUCGUUUUUACAAGUCCACGAAAAAGCACAUCAUCACCGCGCAAACCGAACAUAAAUGUGUGUUGAACUCUGCUAGACAUUUGCAAGAUGAAGGGUUCGAUGUGACUUAUUUGCCAGUUGGGGAAGAUGGGUUGAUUGAUUUGGAACAACUUGAAAAAGCCAUUAGAAAAGAUACAUGUUUGGUGUCGAUCAUGGGUGUGAAUAAUGAAAUCGGGGUGAUCCAACCACUUGAAGAAAUUGGUCGUAUUUGUAAAAAAAAUAAAGUGUUUUUCCAUACCGAUUGUGCCCAAGCUUACGGGAAAAUCCCAUUGGAUGUCAACAAAUUGAACAUUGACAUGAUGAGUAUUUCAUCCCAUAAGAUCUAUGGUCCAAAAGGUUGCGGGGCCCUUUAUAUUAGAAGAAGACCAAGAGUCAGAAUGGAUCCAAUCAUCACCGGUGGUGGACAAGAAAGAGGGCUUAGAUCCGGAACUUUGGCACCACCUUUGGUCGCAGGGUUUGGGGAAGCCGCAAGAUUGUUAAUACAGGAGUAUGAUUUCGAUAAGAAUCACAUUGAAUAUCUUGCUAACAAAUUAAAGACCGGAUUGUUAUCAAUUGAAGAUACCAUUCUUAAUGGUUCUGCAGACCAUAGAUUCAACGGGUGUGUCAACAUUUCCUUUGCGUACAUUGAAGGUGAAUCUCUUUUGAUGGCCCUUAAUGAUAUUGCUUUAAGUUCUGGUUCGGCUUGUACUUCUGCCUCUUUGGAACCUUCUUAUGUGUUGCACGCCUUGGGUGCCGAUGAUGCCUUGGCCCAUUCAUCUAUUAGAUUUGGGAUUGGAAGAUUUACUACCGAAGAAGAAAUCGAUUACGUUAUCAAUGCUAUCCAUAAAAGAGUCAACUUCCUUAGAGAAUUGAGUCCGCUUUGGGAAAUGAAACAGGAAGGUAUUGACUUGAAUUCUAUUGAAUGGUCUGGUCAUUAA